UUCUUCAGUCAUAUCUCGUUUACACUGUGAAUGAGAUGGCAUUGUGUGUAUCUCGUUUACAGUGUAAACGAGAUAUGACACGUCAGAUAUCUCGUUUACAUUGUGUCCCACCGGCUAUAAAAGGAUGUGUAACCUUUAGUAUUCUUCACAAAUUUUUCGUAUCAUAUUUCUCACGAAUACAAGGCAUUAAUGGCCAGUAAUAAUCCGUACAUAGUUGUGCUUGUGUAUCCCAAUUACCGUAUGAGAAACGGUGACAACGGCGUGACAUUUGAGUGCGAGGAUCCGAUAUUGUUUCGCACUCAUCGUGUGAAUACGUUGUCGAAUUUGAAGAGUUUGAUAUUGAGUAAGAUCGGAGGUACAAAAGCGAGGGAAAUAGGAAGGGUGGCGUAUAGGUUGAUGGCCCCCAUGGGUAACGAAGUCUUCUGGUUUCGACUAUUCUGACUUCAAGGGGACGAGCAUGUGCGAGUGAUGUUCGACAUCCAUGGAAGGAUCAUGGUGGAGCAAGUAAUGGAGCUGUCUGCAGAGGUGGGACACAAUGGCGGUGGUCCUUCUGUACACUCGACCUUUGUGCAGGACGACCGACCCCUCGCACCACUGCCCAUUCAUGUCGUCAUUUCAGUAGAUGAGGCAGAGGAGGGCGAGGAGGAGUCGGACGAGGAUUACGUGGCGAACAGUGGUGAUAGCGACUUGUCCGAUAGUGGGGAUAAGAAUGAGUGUGUUCCGGAGACACCAGUUCCGACUGCGGCCCGCCAUGUCCUACCUCCACCUCUUCUAAUACCGGCGCUUUCGACAGUUCCGUCUCACUAUCACAGUCUGGAAUUGGACGCCAUGCAUGAGAGGACUCUGUUUCUUGACACGGGUGAAGAGGAUUACAACCUAGACGACGGUGUAAAGUUUCGGAUUGGCCACAAGUUUAGAAGCCGAGAGGCAGUGCUUCAGAGUGUGAAGAACUACAAUAUUCGGAGGAGUGCGGAGUACCGAGUGGUCGAAUCGGACUUGCUAAAAUACCAUGUGCAGUGCCGUCAAGUUGAUAAUGGGUGUCAAUCGAGUCUCCGUGUGGCCCUUCGACAGAAUCUCGGAUACUGAGAGGUUCGGAGGGUGGGUGGAGUGCAUAGUUGUCUAGCACCCACCAUGUCUCAAGACCAUCGUCAACUAGACAGCAGUCUGAUAUGCCGGGUCAUCUUGCCGUUGAUUCAGUCCAACCCCUCUAUAAGCAUUCCAGUUUUGCAAGGUGCAGUCCAAGCAAGCUAUUAGGGGUGCACAUGGGUCGGGUGAAGGCGGGUUUGAUGGGACCCAGACCUGACCCGAAAUAUGCACCGGGUCUAUUUAUUAGACCCGUACCCGACCCUAGACCCGAUGAAACCAAUACACUUUCGGGCCACAAUUAUACUGGGUGAAAAUCGGGUGAAAACCGGACUGUUAACAUUACAUUACGUUGAUACCUUCUUGUAAGUUAGCAUGUAAAAAUAUCCAAAUUUCUAAUACUCCAACCAUUAUUUAACAUAGUAAAAUUCACUUAGAAAAAUAUAACAAGAACCAACCCUUCUUUGAAAUUAAAGCAUAACCACAAUCAAUACUAAAGCAAAACUACAAUCAAUACUAAUAUUGUCUAAUAAUACCAAAUAUUUAAAUCAAUACAAAUAACACAAUAUUAUGUAUUAGUCUAAAGUCUUAUGCAUUCUAAACAUAAAACAUUAACUUAUGGUCUUAUAAUGACUAAUAACACAAAAUAUUAAGGUUUACAAUACUUAAAUUCCACAUAAGAAUAGUCAUGAAUCAUCACUAAUAACACAAAAUAUUAAUUGUGUAUGAUGACUGACAAACCCCAAUUUGACGGUUUGUUUUGUAUUGAAUUUAGAGUAUUUUGAUAACCUUUUGUCACAUUUAGCCUAUGAAUUAGCAUGGUUUUGUAAUCUCUCCCAUAUUUGUCCUUAAGUGUAAAAACAUGCUUUUUAAGCCUUAUUUUGAUGAAUUCUAGUUUCUCUUUGAUUCCAUAAGAUGCCUUGAUGUGUUUGCU